GUGGACGGUAGUGAAUACGACGAAUAGCGCUCCGACAAGUGGAUAUAAUCACAAAUUCGUACUACUUGAGACGAAAACUUCUAAGUUUUAAAAUGUCAUUUAAAAGAGUUGGCGAUGACCCCACUGCAUUAAGAGUACAAAAGAGACAGCGAGUAUCCGAACUUUUGUUGGAAGAAAUUCCCGAAGACGAAGCCACACUCACGAAAAAUGGCAGGUUUGCCUGUCUCGUUUGUAAACACUGCCCAGUUUUUGACACUGUUGCUGUACUGAGAAUUCACAGGCAAGGGAAGAAACAUUUCUCAUAUGCCAAAAUAAGACUUGAGAAACUGAUGGAAGAUGCUGAAAUACGGCAAAAGAGAGAACACAUGAAAUACAUGGAGAAGGUUAUGGAUGAUGCCAAUGAAGAUGAAUCACCAUUGCUGAAGAUUACACAACAAAAAAAGGAGUUGGCCCUUCAAGGCUCAAAAAGCUCAAUAAAACAUGAAGAAAGCAAAGAAAGGACAUCAAAACAGCUGCCUUUCUUUCAGCGCAGAAAGCCCAUUGACCCGGACAUCUGUAAUGACAAACCAGGUUAUAAACAUGUGCAGAGGACCGAAUCAAGCCAAAACUUGGCAAAUUCAGUGAAGGACUCGGAAAGCAAUCAUUUUGAGAAAACUGAACAAUCCAUGAAGCCAUCAAUUGAUACACCUGGCCCAAAAAGUCAGAAAAAGACACCGUUAAGUCCUGGUGAGCUGGCUAGGAGGAAACACUUUUCUCGCCUCCGACAGGCUGGGUGGAUCAUGGGCUUGGAUGGAAAGUGGCAGAAAGAUGAAAAUGCAGAGUUUGAUUCUGAUGAAGACGAGCCACCCCCACCCCCACCAUCAUCAUAUGAUUUAACAUCCACAUAGUUGUAAAGAAAUUGUCAAGCUUGGAUAUACCCCUCCCCCUGAAAAAAUGGAAAAUAUUAAGAUCCUGGUAGAUACAAUAUGGUGCUAGAGAACAUAAAGCUUGUGAGAACUCUAAUUGAAAGGUCUGAGGCUGUUAUUAAAAGACCAGAUGCACCAUUGUAAUUUUACACAUAUACAUUUUGUACACUUAAGUAGUAUUACAACACAGUUUACUGGUUCAUACAGGAGUCGAUAAAGAGAAAUGAAGCUCUGUACUUAUAUUUUGUGCAUUACCUCCUUUCUCAGAGUUUGCCAGCUACCAGCAUCAGUUUACCAUGAAAGAAGAAAGAAAAUUUAACAUUUCAUGCAUUAGGCCUUUCUCAGAGUUUUCCAUAUCUGUCUACCAGGGUAUUUGCUGCAGUGUUUUAAUUGGGCACCAUAUGCAGGCCUUAAUCAGUUAAGUACUGUGUUCUUCCAGUUGUAACAUUCUUGCAUGCUUUAUUCCAAAAUGACUUUUCACUUUUUUUUUCAUGAAAUUAUUUAAA